AUGCUCUUAUUAGGUGGAUUUUCACUUAAAAAUUCCUUAAUAAUUCCAUCAAUCAUCGUAAUUACUGAAGCCAUGUUUUCUGUCUACACUCUAUCGAAUCUACUACUCAAGUCAACCUUCCUCUCCCUACUUUCCACCUUCCUUUUCUUCAAUGUCAGUGGGAAUGGCUGGGUUACUUGGUUUUGGUUUAAUUCGAGGUCUGUUUACUACGCUGAUUACGUUUUCUACAUGGCGCAUAACGGGCAUAGCGCGUGGUUCCAUCCUGUUAUGCACUACCUCAUGGAAUACAGAGCUUCGCAGUUUGUUAUUCCGAUUUCUGCAACAAUAUUAAUAUUACUUUUUAAUUUGAUGUUUCAUGAGAAGAUAUUGAUAACUUUGGGUAUACUACUUGGAUUAUUGCUACCUUUGCAGUUUCCUGCCUUCAUUUCAGUAUUUUUAUUCUCAAUUUUUUAUAUUAUUUCAAAUCUUAUCCCGAAAUCGAGAAUUCGGAUUGAUAAUAUCAGAUCCAUCAUAUUCUUUGUCAUUUCGUUCUUUUCUAUUGCUCUAAUUCCUUUAAUGAACUUAAUUCCAAGAGAAAAUGAUGAAAAAUUAAUGAAAUUCGAAAAAUUAUGGGAAAAUUUCAUCAAUGAAGGUUACUUUUAUCCAUUCAUUGCCAUGUGGGGUCUUAAUGUUGGUCUUUUUGCCCUUUUCGCCGCAUUUUUUGUUUGGAUUCCAGCGAAUUUCUUUGAAAAAUUGAUUUUGGCCGCUUCUACUAUCACAUGGUUGAUUGGAAACUUCAUGAAGUUCUCAGACCAUCCUGUUCAUACAACUUUGUACUUUAUGCCAACUUGGGCUUUAAUUUCUUCGAUAUUUGUCACAAAAAUGUUGAACAGAAUGGUCAAAAAGGUCAAGAACGAGGAGACUAAAGGUAUUAUCCUUGCCAUUGCCAUUUUAUUCUAUUUGUCAAUGGUUACAUCCUCAAUUCUUGGAAUUCGAAAGAGUAUGAGAGCAAAAAACCAAAUUUACAACAAUGCUGUUGAAGAAGUUGUUAAUUUUGUUAAAUCAAACAUUUCUUCUGACUCUGUGUUUCUAAUUCCGCAAGAUGACGUAAAUUUACUUUUAAUUUACUGUGGAUACAGAGUUCUUCGUAUGAAUGAUAUGUACAUGUAUAUCUGUGGCUACAACUGGAAGAAAUACUCAAAGGAAAUUAGCCAACUCAUUGAAAAACCUGAUUCCAAUGUUUUGCCUUUUGUUACUCACUCUCUCGAGCUUAAAACGUUUAGAAGUGAUCAGAUGAGGCAUGAAAAUGAUGAUGGAAAUCAUUGGAAACUGAUUUUCUCGAAUUCAGAUUACCAAAUUUUCGAACGUCAGCUCUCUAACGGAGAGAUCAGAUAA